AGUCCACUUCAAGCUUCUGCUCCUUCUUCUUCUUCUUCUUCUCUCUCUCUCUCUCUCCUGCGAGUUAACUCUCAGACAAGAACAAAACAAGUUCUUGAAUUUCUUGGGCGAUGAGAGGAUCAGGGGGAAAUGCCAGUGAAGCUGUAGAGGACGCUCAGCUUGAAGAAAUCAUAAGGUCAAUAGAAGAGAAGAGCCUCUUCUGUCAUGUGGAGAGACACAAGUCACUGAGAGCUCGAUAUGUCUAUGGGGUCGUCUUCUUGGUAGUAAAUCUCUGUGCUUGGUUUGUCCGUGACUACGCUCAGACAUCCCUGGCCCUUAUCCCAUAUGUGAAAGCUUGUGGGCCAGAAGGACGCCAUUGUUUCCACACGCUCGGUGUUCUUCGUGUGAGCCUUGGAUGUUUCUUCUUUUUCCUGGUGAUGUUCCUCUCGACAUGGGACACCAGCAAACUGCAAGAAGCUCGGAACAGUUGGCACUCGGAUUAUUGGAUCUUGAAGUGUUUUCUGCUUCUUGUGUCCAUGGUUUCUCCUUUCUUCAUCCCUCCACUCUACAUUCAAAUUUACGGGGAAAUCGCACGGGUUGGAGCAGGGAUAUUUCUUGCUCUUCAGCUCGUUAGCGUUAUCGAGUUCAUCACGUGGUGGAAUCAAUACUGGAUGCCCGAUGAACGCAGUAAGCAAAGCUGCUCUCUCGGGCUUUUCAUGUCGACGGUUUUCUACGUGGGUUCGGUUUUCGGGAUUGGAUUGAUGUACUAUCUAUACGCAGCUUCCGCAACUUGUAUCCUCAACAUAUUCUUCAUCUCCUGGACUGUUGUUCUUUUGAUUGUUAUGAUGGCUUUGUCUUUGCAUUCCAAGGUUAACAGAGGGCUUCUGUCUUCUGGGAUCAUGGCAUUGUAUGUUGUUUUUCUGUGCUGGUCUGCAAUCCGAAGCGAACCUCCAGAUGUGAAAUGCAAUGCUCAUACCCAAAAUGGUCACACCGAUUGGACCACAGUACUUAGUUUCUUGAUUGCAAUAGGCACCAUUGUUUAUGCAACAUUCUCAACCGGGAUAGAUUCAGAAUCCUUCCAGUUCCAGUUCCGGAAAGAUGAAGCUAAAGAGGAAGAUGACAUACCAUACAACUACGGAUUCUUCCACCUCGUGUUCUCCCUCGGAGCAAUGUACUUCGCUAUGUUGUUUGUCAGCUGGAACCUCGAACACUCAGCUCGGAAAUGGAGCCUUGACGUGGGGUGGACGAGCACAUGGGUGAAGAUUGUGAACGAGUGGUUUGCCUCAGCGAUUUACAUUUGGAAGUUGAUUGCUCCCAUUGUGAGACAGCCUAAAGUUCAUGAACAACCUCUGCAACAUCAUCACCAUCAGACAGAUGAACUGAACUUGCCCUGAUCUCUGAACUCAAGAACUCCAGAGAACAAAGUCCAUAUAACAAUGUUUCUAUUCUUUAUGAACCUUUCAGCAAAUAGAGUUUUGUUAUAUAUCAUUGUGUCAUUCUUCCUACAUUAUUGAAUCUUUUGUAAUGAAGACUGAAACCUAUGUACAAUAACGGAGGAGGACGAGACGAGGGCAGAAGAAGAGCCGUAUGACUUGGAAAUGUUGUACUUGUUGUUUCCGAA